UCUUGAGUUAUCUGAUCAUCACUUCUUUGUGACUCUGUCCGUCUCCUUCCACUUCUCUUCUCUCUGAGAAGACCGAAGGCAAGAAGGCCUGUACAAAUGGGAGAGUAGCACCUCUCCCAUACAAAUACCGAACCCCAAACAGCCUCUUAUUAUGAAAAUCCAUAAAUACCCCUGUUCUUUCUCACCUAUAUAAUUCCGCAAAUGAAAUGAGACCACCUUCGUAGAAUAAUAAACCCGCAAAACCACACUCACAAUCACAAGAAAAGAUCGAAACCAUAACCAUUUCCCUCUGAUUCUCGAAAACCAAUCAGAUUUGACCACUCCUCUCUUCCUUCCUUCUUCUCACGAAGGUGUUCCAAUCGCUUACUGCACUAUAUGCUUCGUGUAAAGCGACCCUGCGAAGGAGUGUUUGUAGAAGAAGACACUCAGAGCAUAAUCAGCAACAACAACAGCGUUUUCCUCAAGAAGAAUCGGAACACAGUUUCCUCUGCCCCAACCGAUACCGCUGUGGACUCCACAGUGAACAAAGACAACAGUAGCUUCUGUAGCAGCAGUAGUAACAACGACACCAGCAACAGCCGAACAACUAUGGCUUUGGGUGAAUCCAACCCACCGGAUAUUGAUGAGGAUCUGCACAGCCGACAGCUCGCUGUGUAUGGCCGUGAGACAAUGAGGAGGCUGUUUGGGUCCAAUGUGUUGGUCUCAGGGAUGCAGGGCCUUGGUGUUGAGAUCGCAAAGAAUCUCAUUCUUGCGGGUGUCAAAUCUGUGACAUUGCAUGAUGAGAGGACUGUAGAGCUAUGGGAUCUGUCCAGUAAUUUUGUGUUUUCAGAGAAUGACAUUGGAAAAAACAGGGCGCUGGCUUCUGUUAGUAAGUUGCAGGAGCUCAAUAAUGCAGUGCUUGUACUAACAUUGACAACUGAACUGACAACAGAGCAGCUUUCUAGAUUUCAGGCUGUUGUUUUCACUGAAAUUAGUCUUGAGAAAGCUAUUGAGUUCAAUGAUUUCUGCCACACUCAUCAGCCUCCUAUUGCUUUUAUCAAAACUGAAGUUAGAGGUCUUUUUGGCAAUGUAUUCUGCGAUUUUGGGCCUGCAUUCACUGUCGUCGAUGUUGAUGGAGAGGAACCCCAUACUGGUAUAGUUGCAUCAAUCAGCAAUGACAACCCUGCUCUAGUAUCUUGUGUUGACGACGAGAGGCUUGAGUUUCAGGAUGGAGAUCUUGUUGUAUUCUCUGAAGUUCAUGGUAUGAAAGAAUUGAAUGAUGGAAAGCCCAGAAAGAUAAAAAAUGCUAGAGCAUAUUCAUUUACCCUUGAAGAAGACACUACAAACUAUGGUGGUUAUGAGAAAGGUGGUAUUGUCACACAGGUCAAACAACCCAAGAUAUUGAACUUUAAGCCACUCAGGGCAGCACUAAGUGAUCCAGGAGAUUUUCUUCUGAGUGAUUUUUCCAAGUUUGAUCGCCCGCGUCUUCUUCACAUAGCAUUUCAGGCUUUGGAUAAGUUUAUUUCUGAGUUGGGUCGCUUACCUGUUGCUGGUUCAGACUCUGAUGCUCAGAAGCUUAUAUCCAUUGUUAGUGAUUUCAAUGACGCCUUAGCUGAUGAUAAAUUGGAAGAUAUAAAUCCAAAACUUCUGCGAUAUUUUGCCUUUGGUGCUAGGGCCGUUUUGAACCCUAUGGCUGCCAUGUUUGGUGGAAUUGUCGGACAAGAUGUUGUCAAAGCAUGUUCUGGGAAGUUUCAUCCGCUUUUUCAGUUUUUCUACUUUGAUUCUGUUGAGUCACUUCCUACAGAACCAGUGGAUCCUGAUGAUUUAAGACCAGUAGGUAGUCGAUAUGAUGCACAGAUUUCAGUUUUUGGACAGAAGUUACAGAAGAAAUUGGAGGAUUCUCAAGUGUUUGUUGUUGGAUCUGGUGCUUUAGGAUGCGAGUUUUUGAAAAAUCUUGCUCUCAUGGGAGUUUCUUGUGGAAGUCAAGGGAAGCUGACAAUUACUGAUGACGAUGUUAUAGAGAAGAGUAACCUAAGCAGGCAGUUCCUUUUCCGUGAUUGGAAUAUUGGACAGGCGAAGUCUACGGUUGCUGCUUCAGCUGCUGCAUCUAUAAAUACUGCAUUGAAUAUUGUUGCUCUGCAAAAUCGUGUUAGCAGUGAAACUGAAAAUGUAUUUCAUGAUGCCUUCUGGGGAAACUUGAGUGUCGUGAUCAAUGCGCUAGACAAUGUCAAUGCGAGAUUAUAUGUUGAUCAAAGAUGCUUGUAUUUCCAAAAGCCUCUUCUGGAGUCUGGAACUCUUGGAACCAAAUGCAAUACCCAGAUGGUCAUUCCUCACCUAACGGAAAACUAUGGUGCAUCAAGAGAUCCACCAGAGAAACAGGCACCAAUGAAUGCCUAUUUGUCUAAUCCCAACGAAUAUACUAAUGCAAUGAGGAAUGCUGGUGAUGCUCAAGCACGGGAUAACCUGGAGCGUGUUCUUGAGUGCCUGGACAGGGACAAGUGUGAAACUUUUGAAGACUGUAUUACUUGGGCUCGUCUAAAGUUUGAAGAUUAUUUUGCUAACCGGGUGAAGCAGUUAAUAUAUACUUUUCCUGAAGAUGCUCAAACCAGCACUGGAUCUCCAUUCUGGUCUGCACCGAAAAGAUUUCCCCAUCCACUACAGUUCUCAGCCUCUGAUGCAGGUCACGUACAUUUUGUGAUGGCAGCUGCUAUUUUACGAGCAGAGAGUUUUGAUAUCCCAAUCCCCGACUGGGGAAAGAACCCUACAAAGCUGGCUGAAGCAGUUGAUAAAGUGAUAGUACCUGAUUUUCAGCCUAAGAAAGAUGUGAAUAUAGUGACAGAUGAGAAGGCCACCAGUCUCUCUACUGCUUCCAUAGACGAUGCAGCUGUUAUCGAUGAUAUAAUAAUCAAGUUAGAGAGGUGCCGAGCAAAUUUGCCACCAGAGUUCAGGAUGAAACCAAUACAAUUUGAGAAGGAUGAUGAUACAAACUACCAUAUGGAUGUUAUAGCUGGGCUUGCCAAUAUGAGGGCACGGAAUUACAGCAUUCCCGAGGUUGACAAGCUGAAAGCCAAGUUCAUCGCCGGACGGAUCAUUCCCGCAAUUGCAACCUCAACUGCUAUGGCUACUGGUCUUGUCUGCUUGGAGCUUUACAAAGUCUUGGAUGGAAGACACAAAGUGGAAGAUUACAGAAACACAUUUGCUAACCUAGCUCUGCCUCUGUUUUCAAUGGCUGAGCCAGUUCCUCCAAAGGUUAUGAAGCAUCAGGAUAUGAACUGGACAAUUUGGGACAGAUGGGUUCUAAACGAGAAUCCUACCCUCAGGGAGCUCCUUCAUUGGCUCAAGGCGAAGGGAUUAAAUGCAUAUAGUAUUUCAUGUGGGAGUUGCAUGCUCUAUAAUAGUAUCUUCAACAAGUUCAAAGACCGAAUGGAUAGAAAAGUAGCAGAUCUGGCAAGGGAUGUGGCCAGGUUGGAGAUUCCGCCAUACCGUAGCCACGUUGAUGUCGUGGUGGCCUGUGAUGAUGAUGAUGGUAAUGAUAUUGACAUCCCCCUGGUAUCCGUUUAUUUCCGUUAGGUACUUGCAUCUUAUCAGUAGACUUAGGGUAAGGAAAAGACAUGACACUAGUGUUCCAUAUUUAUAGUGGACACAACAUUUGUAGACCAUACCACGGUUCAUACAUGAAUUGAAAUACACUUCCAUUGCUAGCUA